GCGCCGCCCCAUCCUUGGCACGCUGGAAAGCCGCUUCGCAGGGAAGCCGAACGUGCAGGCGGCUGAGCGGAUUUGACGCUUGUGACCGGCGGUUUUGGUGGGCCGGCCGUCCGACGAAAGGCGCUUGGAAUUUGCGAGGGCCGCCGUUUCUCACUCUCGGGGGCAUGCGGUAGGAAGUCUUAGGUGAUGUGGGUGGAAGCAGUCGCUUCGGCGAUGUUUAGAGUUUGGCUGUGUCUCGUGCCCGUCCUUUUGACGGUCGCUUCGGGACCAGCGGCCCAGUCGAAUCCUACUGGAGAUGAAAAGAUAAACAUCACCGAAAUCCUAAACAGUUUCUUCGACAAAGGUUACGAUAAACGUGUCCGGCCAAACUACGGCGGUCCUCCUGUAAAUGUUGGUGUCACCAUGUACAUUCUUAGUAUAAGUUCUGUCAAUGAGGUCCAAAUGGAUUUCACCCUCGAUUUCUAUUUCCGUCAGUCGUGGAAAGAUGAUCGACUGGCCUUCAAAACCCGACAUGCCCUAGAAAGCCUGACAGUCGGAGCUGAGGUGGCGGAUCUGAUCUGGGUACCGGACACUUUUUUUGCGAACGAAAAGACCGCCUACUUCCAUCAAGCUACCACGCCAAAUACGUUCCUCAGGAUAAGAUCCGGGGGUGAAGUUUUCCGGAGUAUGAGAUUAACUGUUACGAACAGCUGUCCGAUGGAUCUUAGAUAUUUUCCAAUGGAUCGACAGCAGUGUACAGUUGAAGUAGAGAGCUUUGGUUAUACGAUGAGAGACAUAAGAUACUAUUGGCUAGAGCAUGAAAGAUCAAUUAAAAUGUCCAGUGAUGUUGAAUUGCCCCAGUUCAAGGUUGUUGGACAUAGGCAAAGAUCAAAAGAAGUGCCACUCACUACAGGCAACUACUCCCGCCUCAUCUGCGAAAUCCAAUUCAUCCGCAGCAUGGGCUACUACCUGAUCCAGAUCUACAUUCCCGCCGGUCUCAUCGUCAUCAUCUCGUGGGUCUCCUUCUGGUUGCACCGGAACGCCACUCCGGCUCGCGUGGCCCUCGGAGUGACCACCGUGCUCACGAUGACCACUCUCAUGUCCAGCACCAACGCCGCCUUACCCAAGAUCUCGUACAUCAAGAGCAUCGACGUCUACCUGGGCACUUGCUUCGUGAUGGUAUUCGCCUCGCUCCUCGAGUACGCCACAGUGGGCUACCUGGGCAAGCGGAUCGCCAUGCGCAAGACCCGGACUCAGCUCAUCGCCAAGAUCGCCGAGCAGCAUCGCCAACGGUGCCUGGCUCACCACGCAGCUGCAGCAGCAGCUUCCACAGCCGACGGCGGGCCCGGCGACGCAGCCCAUUCGAAAAAGGAAGGCACAGAGGUCCGUCUGAAAAUGGCUGACCCCAAGUGCUACUCUUCUAAAACGUCAACCCUGGAGAAUCCCAUCAAUUUAAGUUAUGAGUAUGACGCUGCGGCCUUUUGUAAGAACACUAACAAGCUCUUCGGAGUGAGCCCCAGCGACAUAGACAAAUACUCUCGCGUCGUUUUUCCUGUGUGUUUUGUUUGUUUCAAUCUCAUGUACUGGAUCAUCUACCUACAUAUCAGCGAUGUACUUGAUGAGGGAAUCGUACCAUUAGGAAGCAAAUGA